AUGGCAUCCCCAAAUCAAUCAAAGAACUUCCUAUGUGCCUCUGACUCAACCUUGGACUCACAGCUUUCUCCAUUUCGCUCACAAAACACUUAUUUUGCAGAUCACCCCGACAAAAAUUCAAUUCAUUGUAGAGUUUCAAGCUCACCAUCCUACUGGUCCUCGUCAAUGUCUUGAAGAAGAAAUAUGACUAAAUCUGAUAUCCUAUUUACGCAAAAUGGCUUUAACAUUUUUAAAGGGGUUAUUACUUUGAUAAUUUAAAAUCUGAGUUUAAUACUUGAGAUAUAAUCCCAAUUUACAUUAAAAAUUAUAAUCAAUUUGAUUAUACAGCCACUGCAUCCAAAGGAUCAAUUUCCAAACAGCAAAGAGACCAGGAUCGAAAAAUUACCAAUAUAAUAAACGAUUGCGCAUUGAUACAAGAUGAACUAGUUGGAGCAUGAAAAUCAGCUUCAUCUAAUGUGAGAAAACACAAAAGGUAUCUUAAAUUUAUAAAAUCUAAAGUAUUUUCCACAAAAUUCAAUUCAUUUUUGCACAAUGAUAUAUUUAAUAGAGAGAAAAAAAAAUUUGAAGAAAAUGUAAAAAUUUUAACUCAGGACAUUAACCUUACGUUAAAACAUGAAAAAGUAAAAUCGCUGCUAGGCUCUCCAAAAAGAAGUGAAAGUCCAACUAGAUUGCCAAGCCCUGAUGCUAUAACUAAACAAAGAAGUGAGCAAUUGUUUGUAACUACACAGGAUAUAACAGAUUUUGAAACAGCACAGCUGGUAGCAUUAAAUAAAAGAGUUUUUGGAGAAACCUUUGUAAAUGAAAUAAAAGAAAGUGCUCAGGAUAGAAGAGUUAAGCAUAGAUCGAUGCUUGAUCCUAAUGAAAUCUGUCCAGAGCAGACUAUACUUAGCGACAUUAAGCAAAUUUUGCAUCAAAAAAGACGCCCGAAACACAAAAAGAUAGAAAAGCCAAUAGAAUCAGAACUCAGGGCUCGAUGAGAAGCACAGAAGCUGCUAGAAAAAGUCCACUUAAUGUCUCCAGUAAAUCAAUAUAUUUUUACAGAACUAGACCGAAUAAUCCCCAGGACAAGCGAGCACAUAAAGCGUAAAAGCAACCCCGAUAAAAAAUCCAAAAAAGAAGAAAAAUCAAAAACAAAUAAAAAAGAACCAGAAAACUUAAGCGUUAUAAAGCACACAGUACAAAAGAGAAUCAGCCAAAUGAACUACUCCAAAAAGAAAGACCUCACAAAAGAAGCUCUAGAUCUUAUAAAAGAAAUAAGGCAAGAAGCCAAAGAUGUCAAAUUAAAGCGGCGUGUUCAACGUUUGGUAACUCAAAGGCAGCAUCAAGUUUACAUAAACAAAGAAAUGUCUCCCAGCUAA